AUUUUUAAAAUUUCAUUUUAAUCUUGCUAUUGAAUUGGCGAAUUCGUAUUCGAGAUCUCCCAAACUAAUAAAAUUAAGACUAAUAUUUCAAAAUCUAUUUGUAAAUUCUCGCGCUCUUGUUAUAGAAGCGAAAACGCCGACGGAUAUCGUAGCGUAAUCGAAUACGUAGAUGGUCCGUGGUCCGAUCAUCUCACUGAUGGUAGUUUCAAUUUUCCUGGUUGAUUGUAUCACGAGAAAACAAAGCAACUGAUAGCCAUUUCCAAAGCACUUCAACCUUUUUUACUGAUUCAUUUUUUCUGCAACCAUGGCGUACUGUAGGGGAGUUUUGCAUCGCCAAGGAAGCAGAGUGGCUUCAUCCUUUUUACAAGAUAUACAAACAAGAUGUUUCAACGUUUCACCUUUAUCCUCUGCCGCUGUGAAGACAGCUAUGAGCAAAUUCGAUAAGGAUCCUUUACCAUAUGAAAAACUAACAAAUAAUUUGGAAAUCAUCAAGAAAAGGCUGAAUAGACCUUUAACUCUUUCAGAAAAAGUAUUGUAUUCUCACAUAGAUGAUCCCCAAAAUCAGGAAGUCGAAAGGGGUACCUCCUAUCUUCGCCUUAGGCCCGAUAGAGUUGCUAUGCAAGAUGCUACAGCACAAAUGGCGAUGUUGCAAUUCAUUUCUAGUGGACUUCCUAGAGUGGCUGUACCUAGUACAAUCCACUGUGAUCAUUUGAUUGAAGCACAAGUUGGAGGCGUAAAAGAUCUUGCAAGGGCUAAAGAUUUGAAUAUGGAAGUAUAUCAAUUUUUGAGUUCAGCAGGAAACAAGUAUGGUGUUGGUUUCUGGAAACCAGGAUCAGGUAUUAUCCAUCAGAUCAUCCUGGAGAAUUACGCUUUUCCUGGUCUGGUCAUGAUCGGUACAGACUCGCACACUCCCAACGGUGGAGGUCUUGGUGGCCUUUGCAUUGGUGUAGGUGGCGCUGAUGCUGUUGAUGUCAUGGCCAACAUACCAUGGGAAUUGAAAUGCCCUAAAGUUAUUGGUGUUAAAUUGACUGGAAAAUUAUCUGGUUGGACAUCACCUAAAGAUAUUAUUCUUAAAGUUGCUGACAUUUUAACCGUAAAGGGAGGUACUGGUGCUAUUGUAGAAUAUACAGGUCCAGGUUGCGAGUCAAUUUCUUGUACGGGAAUGGCAACUAUUUGUAAUAUGGGUGCUGAGAUUGGAGCCACAACAUCAAUAUUCCCUUAUAAUAAGAGAAUGAGGGAUUACUUGAAAGCUACUAAGAGGGAAGGAAUUGCCAAUGAAGCUGACAAGUUUGGAAAGGUACUUCUUAACCCAGAUGACGGUUGCAAAUACGAUCAUGUUAUCGAAAUUAAUCUUGAUACCUUAGAACCACAUGUUAACGGUCCCUUCACACCUGAUUUGGCUAGCCCAAUCAGUAAACUAGGAGAAAACGCCAAAAAGAAUGGAUGGCCAGUUGAAAUUAAGAACGGCCUGAUAGGAUCCUGUACAAACAGUUCAUACGAAGAUAUGGGCAGGUGUGCCUCUAUUGUUAAAGAAGCCAUGAGCCACGGAGUCAAAUCUAAAAUUCCAUUUUACGUGACCCCUGGAUCGGAACAGAUCAGGGCCACCAUUGAAAGAGAUGGCAUCGCUGAGACUUUGAGGGCUUUUGGAGGCACUGUUCUCGCCAAUGCAUGUGGUCCAUGUAUCGGCCAGUGGGAUAGGAAAGACGUGAAGAAGGGAGAAAAGAAUACUAUUGUGACUUCGUACAACAGAAAUUUCACCGGAAGAAAUGACGCCAACCCUGCCACCCAUUGUUUCGUUACAUCCCCCGAAAUGGUUACAGCCCUCAGCAUCUCUGGAAGGUUGGACUUCAAUCCGCUCAAAGAUGAAAUUAAAGGAACUGACGGUAAAUCCUUCAAAUUGAGCAGUCCGUUCGCAGAUGAACUUCCAACCAGAGGUUUCGACCCAGGUCAAGAUACUUACGAAGCACCCCAAGCCGAUGGAAGCUCGGUUAAAGUUAACGUAGAUGUAAAAUCUCAACGUUUGCAACUUUUGGAACCUUUCGAUAAGUGGGAUGGUAAAGAUUUGGAAGAUAUGGUUGUUUUGAUUAAGGUUAAAGGAAAAUGCACGACUGAUCAUAUUUCGGCUGCUGGACCUUGGUUGAAAUACAGAGGACAUUUAGACAAUAUCUCCAACAACAUGUUUAUAGGGGCAACAAACGCAGAAAAUGGAGAGAUGAAUAAUAUUAAGAACCAGUUAUCAGGCGAAUGGGGAACUGUACCAGACGUAGCUCGUUUCUAUAAAUCCAAAGGAGUUAAAUGGGUGGCAGUUGGAGAUGAAAAUUACGGUGAAGGAAGUUCCAGGGAACACGCUGCCUUAGAACCAAGGCACUUGGGUGGAAGAGCUAUCAUUACCAAAUCCUUUGCUCGUAUCCACGAAACUAACUUGAAGAAACAAGGUCUUCUGCCAUUAACCUUCGCUAAUCCUAGCGACUAUGACAAGAUACAGCCAACGGAUAAAAUCACCUUGAAAAAUCUCUCCAGUUUAGCUCCAGGCAAACAAGUAGAAUGUGAAGUGAAACACAAGGAUGGAUCAGUAGAUAAAAUAAUGUUAAACCAUAGUAUGAACGAUCUGCAAAUUGGCUGGUUCAAGGCGGGAAGUGCAUUAAAUAGAAUGAAGGAACUUGCAGCUUGAAGUUUUUAACAUAGGUUUUGACGAUAAUUAUUACAUGGACAUACCAAAUAGAAGUAAUCUAUUAGUUGCUGAUGUGUCAUUUAUACACUGAAUUUUUAAACAUGUAUGAUAUAUUAAGUUAUCAUUUUUGUGAUAAUACCCCAAAAGAAAUAAAAGAAUAAAACAAAAAUUUUUAA